ACAGCUCUCCAUUUCAUCCGAUCUUCCAUCUACUACCUCUCCUUUGGCAAAGAUGACUACAUCGACCUCUAUCUGCGCAAGGCAUCCGGCGCUGCAAAACCCAACUACAGUGACAAAGAAUUCUCCCAGGUUUUAGCAAAUCAGAUGAUACAUGUUAUCAGGAACCUCUAUGACAUGAAUGUGAGGAGGAUGAUCUGCAUGGGGAUAUUGCCUCUGGGAUGCACACCUCGUAUGUUGCUGGACCGGUACAAUUCGAAUUCCAAAGCCGGUGAGGAAGAUGAUGAUGGAAGGGGUUGUGUGGAGGAGAUCAAUGCGCAGGUUUCGGAGUACAACAAAAUGCUGCACGAGCAGAUUGCUAUGCUGCGCGCAGAGCUUCCGGAUGCCCAGAUUGUGUUCUGUGAUGUGUACCAAGGAAUUAGAAAGAUCAUAAACAACCCAGAACACUACGGAUUUGAGGAUGUAAAGAGUGCCUGCUGUGGGUUGGGAAAGUAUGGAGCAGCAAUUGGAUGCCUUUCAAAAGAUACGGCAUGCGAACAAGAUACAAGCCAUGUGUGGUGGGAUUUGUACAACCCAACAAAGGCAGUCAACUCCUUGCUGGCUGACUCUGCCUGGUCCGGCUCUCCCCUUUCUCGCAUUUGCCGCCCUACCACCAUCCAGGAAUUGCUUUCCACUGCUUCACCCUCACAUCCAAUUCCCACCUGA